UGGCAUGAACCACCGCGCCCAGCCUAGUUUUUGUUUUUUGUUUUUUUUUUUUUUUUAAUCUUUUGUAGAGACAGGGACAGUGUCAAACUCCUAAAUUCACAUGAUCCUCCCAAAGCACUGAGAUUAUAGGCAUGAGCCACUGUGCUCAGCUCUGUCUGGGUUUUUAGAUAUUAGCAAGGAAAACAAGGGGUAAGUGAGCCAUUUGCUAGCCAACCGGAGUGCCUUGCCAGGCCCCAUCCAGGGGUUUUUCAAACCCAACUCACUGGAGAAAGAAGGCAAAGGAGAGGGCCCUUGGUGUGCUGUGCUUCCCACCCCAGCUUUAACCAGAGCAGCUCUGCUAUGAUCUGUGUAUGUGUUGGGAUUCUACUGCUGGGAUGGGGACAGGAGCUCCUUCUCUUGAAACAGACAGCUGAUUGUCUCUCCCUCUUGGCCUUCAGGCUGUGGGCACUACAUAGCAUCAUGGGCUCAAAGGAGUCCAUCCAGAUGUGCUAUUUAUGCAGUCAUUGGGGAAAUGGUCAAAAAGCAAACCAAAGAUGGAUUUCUAGUCACUGGAACCCAGCCACAGCUGAGGCUUGAAAAAAAUCUGGAAAGUUCCUGACAAGGAGAUGGGAGCAGUUUCAGAGAAAAGUCUGCAUAGAUACCAAGCAAGGGGAACACACAGGGCACAGCUCAGAGUCAAAAUGCUAAGUGUCUACUUGUCAGAGAGGUGUUGAUAUCACAUACAUGUGUAAUAGGAGCCAUCUAAAGAUAAGACAGGGAGAGAUGGAGUCAGAUCUGGAACAAGGGAGGUCUUGGACUCUGCUCUGCCUGGAUUUCUGGUGGGCUGAAAUCUGGCUGGUGGGUUGGAGUGGGCUUAGGUGUGGCUAGAGGCUCUGUCUCAGGACAGACUUUGCCCUUGGCUUAAAGGACCAGACACCAAGAACCCAGGUCCUCAUAGCUCGUAAAAUCUUAAGGGUGGAAGGGAUAUCAGAAUCACCCAAGCCUUAUCACUACUUGAAUCCUACUAACACAGUCACAAAGUGGACACUUGCCCCUGCUCACUCCUUGUGAGUGGCCAUAAUUGGCGGCAAAGAGCCAGAGGCCACAGUGAGACUAUGAGCAGGCUUUACUCUCCUCUCAAGGAAAUGGCUUGCUGCUCUACGAUGAUUGGCUACUGCUGCCUUACGCCUAAUGACCUUCUUUGAAAUUGGAAAAUUCUUCUCCCCAUGAAACGAUGUGCUAGGUGUGGGCCGGCCCCCACCCAACCCUGACAAGUGACCAUGGAUCCUGGAGCUGGGUCAGAGUCAUCUCUGACUGUCAAUGAGCAGGUCAUUGUGAUGUCAGGUCAUGAGACCAUCCGAGUGCUGGAAGUCGGAGUGGAUGCCCAGCUCCCUGCUGAGGAAGAGAGCAAAGGACUGGAGGGCGUGGCUGCCGAGGGCUCCCAGAGUGGAGACCCUGCUGAAGCCAGUCAAGCUGCUGGUGAAGCUGGGCCAGACAACCUGGGCUCCUCUGCAGAGGCAACUGGUACGAGGCCAUCGCCCCCACCUGUGAAGUCACCCCCGGGGAUCCCUCCGAGCCCUGCCCCUGCCAUUGCCACCUUCAGCCAAGCCCCAAGCCAGCCUCAGCCAUCGCAGACCCUGACGCCACUGGCUGUACAAGCUGCCCCCCAGGUCUUGACUCAGGAAAACUUAGCCACAGUUCUGACAGGAGUUAUGGUUCCAGCAGGGGCAGUUACUCAACCUCUUCUUAUCCCCAUCAGUAUUGCAGGUCAAGUGGCUGGUCAGCAGGGGCUGGCCGUGUGGACAAUUCCUACAGCAACCGUGGCUGCCCUCCCAGGACUGACCGCUGCUUCUCCUACGGGGGGAAUUUUCAAGCCACCUUUAGCCGGUCUCCAAGCAGCUGCUGUGCUGAACACCGCUCUUCCGGCACCCGUACAAGCUGCCCCACCAGUACAGGCCUCCUCGACGGCCCAACCCCGGCCACCAGCCCAGCCCCAGACGCUGUUCCAGACCCAGCCGCUGCUGCAGACCACACCUGCCAUCCUCCCACAGCCCACUGCUGCCACCGCUGCUGCCCCUACCCCCAAGCCAGUGGACACCCCCCCACAGAUCACCGUCCAGCCUGCAGGCUUCGCAUUUAGCCCAGGAAUCAUCAGUGCUGCUUCCCUCGGGGGACAGACCCAGAUCCUGGGCUCCCUCACUACAGCUCCGGUCAUUACCAGCGCCAUUCCCAGCAUGCCAGGGAUCAGCAGUCAGAUCCUCACCAAUGCUCAGGGACAGGUUAUUGGAACCCUUCCAUGGGUAGUGAACUCAGCUAGUGUGGCGGCUCCAGCACCAGCCCAAAGCCUCCAGGUCCAGGCCGUGACCCCCCAACUGUUGUUGAACGCCCAGGGCCAGGUGAUUGCAACCCUGGCCAGCAGCCCCCUGCCUCCACCUGUGGCUGUCCGGAAGCCAAGCACACCUGAGUCCCCUGCUAAGAGUGAGGUGCAGCCCAUCCAGCCCACACCAACAGUGCCCCAGCCUGCUGUGGUCAUCGCCAGCCCAGCUCCAGCAGCCAAGCCAUCUGCCUCUGCUCCUAUCCCAAUUACCUGCUCAGAGACCCCCACUGUCAGUCAGUUGGUGUCCAAGCCACAUACUCCAAGUCUGGAUGAGGAUGGGAUCAAUUUAGAAGAGAUCCGGGAGUUUGCUAAGAACUUUAAGAUACGGCGGCUUUCCCUGGGCCUUACACAGACCCAGGUGGGUCAGGCUCUGACUGCAACGGAAGGUCCAGCCUACAGCCAGUCAGCCAUCUGCCGGUUUGAGAAGCUGGACAUCACACCCAAGAGUGCCCAGAAGCUGAAGCCAGUGCUGGAAAAGUGGCUAAAUGAAGCGGAACUGCGGAACCAGGAAGGCCAGCAGAACCUGAUGGAGUUUGUAGGAGGCGAGCCCUCUAAGAAACGCAAACGCCGCACCUCCUUCACUCCCCAGGCCAUAGAGGCUCUCAAUGCCUAUUUUGAGAAGAACCCGCUGCCCACAGGCCAGGAGAUCACUGAAAUUGCUAAGGAGCUCAACUAUGACCGUGAGGUCGUGCGUGUCUGGUUCUGCAAUCGGCGCCAGACGCUGAAGAACACUAGCAAGCUGAAUGUCUUUCAGAUCCCUUAGGCCCAGCCCCCGGCACUGUGUUCUAGCACUUUGUCUGUUUUCCUUGGCAUCCGGCUGCUGCCACUGCCAUGACAGCACCUGUCAUUUUGCCACGUGCAGCUGUGCUCGCCCCAGGUCAUGAGACUCCACUGUGUGCAUGUGCGUGAAUGUCCCUCUUCUCUCCCACGUAUUUCACAUCAUGGAGAGGCCACAUAUCCCACAUCACGGGGCCACACGAGAGCUCCAGGUUCUGGACUGGUUGCUCCAAAGAAGAGGAUUUAUGAUGUCACUUAGAGAAGCACUUUGCUAGCAUGGUUUCUGAAGGGUGAAUUCUGGUGGGGAACCAGAAACUCACUGUCUUUGGGGCAGAGCUAUAGCAGCUCCUACGGACCACUGGCCAUUAGCUCGGCUUUUGAUGGCAUUCUCUUUCCACCUUCUCUUCUCCUUUGCUCUUCUGUGUUAGUGUGGCAGGUAUGACAACUCAUCCAGUGGACCCACAGCCUCACACUGCCCUUCCCCACACAUUUUGCCUGCAGGCGCACAGAAAGGACCUAGGAGAUAAAAUUCAGAAAAGUGUGAUGUGCUGCUCAGAAGGUCAGACUCAAGGUCUGCCUUGAUCUCAAGGUCAGAAGGUUCCCAAACCCCUGGGGCCAGAACAUGGGCUCUUCUCUCCCACCUCUCCCUGGUUCCUUUGCAGAGAAAUUUGCACUAAAACAGAACGUUUUCUUUUGCAAUCCAUGUUGGAAGGAAGCAACAGUGAACUGUACCUGUCCUGGAGUUGUCCUGGGGCUGCAGCAGGUUGGGAAUUUAGAAAAUAAGGCCAUUCUUUCAGAUUUUAAUCUAAUCUCUGUUGAUGGCCAUCCCUCCCACAAAAAAGAUCUUGGGUUAAGAAAACUUGCAGCCUGGAAAAUCCCACUGCCCAAGCAAACAGGCAACUCUGGAGAAAAAUAAGGAAAGGAAUGCUGACUUUCUCUGACUUUCUCUUGUCCCCACACCCAUUCCCAACCCAAUGCUGGGGCCUUCUGAAAAGGAGCAAAUUAAACAGUAAACCAGACAGCAAGGCCCUGGGGGAAAGAACAGCAUCCCUGAAUAAAUGAUGGAGUCCAGGAAGGUCUCUUGUGGAAGUUGACUUGACUCUAAUUUUCUUUGUAACUUUAAGCCUUGGAUACUGGAGGAGAAAUCUCAUUUUGUCAAGUCUCAGACCAUGUCUAUGUCAAGUCUCAGCAAUCCCCUCAGUGUCCUCUGAACACCAAGAACACCCCUAGAUCAGGUUGGGUUAUGCCUCUAAACAGGAUGGCUGUGGUACCUUGGGGGCUGGCUCUUAUCCGAGCUGCUAAGUGAGUUUCCAGCCUCAUUGUGGCUGGACAGCCCCUAAAAUUCAGUAUGUAACUCCAGAAAGUCAGGAGAGAAUUAAGAUUUGCUUAGAUGAGCACAGGCUGGCUUUGUAGACCAUCUGUAAAGGGCCCCAAGUCAUGGGGGUCAACCACGCCUCUCUUCAGUACUCUUAUCCUUACAGAGGCUGUUUUUUGUUUUGUUUUGGUUUGGUUUUUUUAAAGAUGGGGUUUUACCAUGAUGGCCAGACUGUUCUUGAACUCUUGACCUCAGGUGAUCCACCCACCUUGGCCUCCCAAAGUGCUAGGAUUACAGGCGUGAGCCACCACGCCCAGCACAGAGGCUGGUUUCUAACAGCUGCUUCCACUGCCCCUCCCAUGAUAGACCCUGAGGAAGCCACUGACAGGUGGGGGCGCAUCACCACCUCUGUCAGUCACUGGUGCUCAGCCACCUCCUAGCCUAGCUUCCUCUGGUGUGCUGUUUCCUUUCCUACUUACUGUUGGUCCCUCCCAGCCCCUGCAAUGCCAGCGUGGCCACACUCUUAGUGUGUUGAAUUAGCACACGCGAGGGCGCCCGCACGUGCACACACACACACACACACACACACACGCCCUGCUGCAUUUGGAAAAACCAUGCCUGCCAGAUUGUAGCAGAGGUGAGGAAGCAAGUGGGCAGCUUGCCUGACCCAGCUUCCCAGGAGAGCCUGUCUCAACAGAGAGGCUCCACACUCUAGUUCAGGGCUAUCGACCUGCCUCAAUGAGAUAACAAAGUCAUUUGGGAGGGGUGUUGUAAACUAGUUUUCAGUGAGAAUAGUUAAGUUCCAGAGCUUAUAAAGGAUUCAGUGACUUACACUUCAAAAAAUUAGGCCAGGCACGGUGGCUUAUGCCUGUAAUUCCAACACUUUGGGAGACUGAGCCAGGCAGAUCAUUUGAGGUCAGUUCAAGACCAGCCUGACCAACAUGGUGAAAUCCUGUCUCUACUAAAAAUACAAAAAUUAGCCAGGUGUGGUGGCACAUGCCUGUAAUCCCAGGUACUUGGGAGGUUGAGGCAGAAGAAUUGCUUGAACCUGGGAGGUGGAGGUUACAAUGAGCUGAGACUGCACUACUGCACUCCAGCCUGGGUGACAAAGCAAGACUGUUUCGGGAAAAAAAAAAAAAAAAAAACAACUCAGAGAGAUGCAGGUUUUCAUGCUCAGAUGCUUGCAUUCAGGUAUGCUUUCUUUUUUGAGAGCGACAAAUGGGUCACAGCUGGUACCCUGGGAAUAGCACAUAAUCCAGGGUGUGUCUGUGGUGGUGGACAUGCAGGAGGACGCCAUCUGUCCUGUGUUAUGAUGGGAAAACAAUCAUGAACCACUGGUCUAAAUUAGGGCUGGCCAUGCUUUCUCAGCCCCUCCCUCAUUUAAAUCUGUCUUCCCAAGGCUGAGCUAGAAUGAAACCAUUUCUCCUCUGUAGGAAUGAUGGGCUGGUCAUUCAGAGGAACAAUAGCAGGGCUGGGAGGUUUGCAGCUGAAUUCCCCAGGCAUGGGGGUGCAGGGUUUCCCUGAUGUGUACCCAAAGCAGAGCUUGCUGGCCUAUGACCUCUGCCCUUGCUCCCCCAGUGUAAGACUCCCCAGGAGGCAGCUCGGGCCUGAACCUCUCAACCAGGAAUUGGGUUUAUUUUAUUUUUUUUGUUAGCAUCGGGUUCUGAAGGGAGUUGGUAAACAUUUUGUUUUGGAAGCAUCUUCUGGACUUAAGCCAGAACUUAGUGUCUCCCUUACUAUGGAAAGAGGAGAAUGGACAGAAAUGGUUUAACUGUGUGGGGUUUUGUUUGUUUUGUUUUAAAUGGAAGAAAGACCAAAACUUUCCUGCUGAAUCAGCUGGGGCCUUUGACCCUGCACUAACCAUGGCAUUUUAUCCAGGUGAAGUCCAGGGAAAGAAUUCAGCCAAAUGGACUAAGGAACACAUGAGUUUGGAAUGCGAGACCGUGACGUUUUUGUGUUCUUGGAAAUCCAGUUCCCUCCCCAUGCCCAGAUUUCCUUCCUGCCUCAUGGACCAGGCUCUGACACUGAGGUUCUCACUGCUCCCAGCACAGGCAAAGCCUCCUGAGGGCUGGAGGGGUGGCAAGGGGAGAGGAGAAUGGGAAAGAAGCACUUGAUGUAGUUGUGUGGAAUAAACAGUAUUUUUUCUUUUGUCUG